AUGGUGCCACCGACUAUGCAAGUACUCGGAGCUACUCACUUUGGAGCAGCUACAGAAAUUCUUUCCUUUCACUCUGUCCCUGUUCCGAAGUGCACUCCAAUGGAUGUUCUUGUAAGGAUGGUAUUCUCUGAUGCAAACCCAGUUGAUUUGCAAAAGUUAUCAGGCGGCCCAGCUCAGGGCCAACAGGUGCCCAUCAGUCCUUUUGUUCCUGGAUUUGGAGGAAGUGGAACAAUAAUAGAAGUUGGUACCGAUUCGUUACUCGCCGACUGGGUAGGAAAACGAGUAGCAUUCCUCGGUGAUCCUGCUCGGUCCGGGUCAUACGCAGAAUACGUUGCGGUGGACUACCGAUGCGUAGCCGAAAUACCCGACAAUGUCGGAUUCCGUCAAGCUGCAGCGAUUGCCGUUUCGGGAUGCACUGCAUUUGAGUCAUUGAUGAAAUUAGGACUCGGCCCAGAGGACAGUAUCAAAUCUCACGCCAAGAAGUGCAAAUACAAUCUACUCAUUGUUGGAGGGUCAGGGGGUGUGGGAAGCUGGGCGACACGUCUAGCUCGAUGUUGGCACCCGGAACUUCAUAUAAUUGCUACAGCUUCUCGACCUGAGAGCUCCUCAUGGUGCAUUGAGAACGGUGCCAAUACCGUAAUAGGGCACCGCCAGAUUACAGAAAGGCUCGGUGGGGGACCAGCGGGAAGCGUCGACUACAUUCUGUGUUUGACAGAGCCAACACCCCCCGUUUUCAAGGCGAUUACCGAAGCUGUUCGACCAUUCGGUAGCAUAUGCCUAGUCGUUGCUGGAAGAUCCAUCCAAUCGGUAGACCUCGGAUUUUGCUUCUUUAAAGGCGCCACCAUUGUUAAUGAAACCGUCUUCGCGUCAAUUCGGACACAUUUUCAGUCGUCCACUCAACCAGGAGCUGAAAUAUCAGAAAUUCUCGAUUUACUAUCAAGACAAAAGGUCCAAGCACCACUAUCUCCGGCCUUGGAUACAAUGGAUUUCGACUGGAAGUCGGCACUACGUUCUAAUGGCGUUUUAGAAACCUUGUCAACAGAGCAUACAUGCGGAAAACUGGUACUUAAAAUCGCGAGCGAAACAUCACAUUAACUUUAAAGUCUUAAUUUCACGACUCUGAAA